CAGCAGCAAUGGGAGGCCAUACAGCACCCUAUGACAAAAUGGAACCCACCAGCAGUGUGAGGAGACCUGAAAGUGGCACAUGGCAGAGUGUGGCGAUGGAGACAGCAGCAAUGGGAGGCCGUACAGGGACCCAUGACACACUCUGGACCUGGCAGCAGCAUGAGGAGGCGGUACAGGGGCCCAUGACAGAUUACGGGCCUGGCAGCAGCAUGAGGAGUCAGCGGUACAGGGGCCCAUGGCAGAGUGGCGGAGCGUAAGCAACUAAAAUUUAAGGCCAUACAGAGGCCUAUGUUAAAAAGUCCCCCCAGCAGCAGCGUGGGGAGACGACUAUCAAGAGUCCAAUGGCAGAGUGGCGGAGCAGAAGCAGCUUCAAUUGAAGGCCAUACACAGGCCUAG